AUGCCCGGACCUGAGCCACCAAAUUAUUCGCUGCGUCGUCCAGGCAGAUCUGUGCUGGACCUAUUCGACAGAAACAGUGAUUUCGUGGACGAAAACGGAUCCGACCGAAUCGCCCCAAAUUAUUCGCUGCGUCGUCCAGGCAGAUCUGUGCUGGACCUAUUCGACAGACCCGCUGCAAAGAUACGGAUGAACAGUGAAAAUGCAGGGGGUAAGGGUGGCGGCAAGAGACCACCAAGAUAUGAGCUGCUUGCAUGUUCACGACACACAAAAGACAACCUUGCAAGAAAAGGCCGCCUAGUUGAUCCAGUCUGGGCCUUCCUGGUCCCUGCAAAACACGCCGCAUGCUUGGCAAAAUCGAGGAACCACCCUGUGUUCAAUGAUCAAGACCAGUUUACGCACAGCCAGACAAGUGGACAAGAUCCCAGAUACACAUCAGGAUGCUGCCUUCCAAGAUCUUCACACAAACAGCUACGGAAAUGCACAAGCCCCAGCCCCAUAAACACAUUUCUGCAUCAGACUGCUACGUGCUACCUCUCAGGAUCUUCACAGUUCACACAAAUGCACAAGCUCCAGACACAUUCCAACAUGCUUCCUCCUAAAAUAAAAUCUUCACAAGUUCAAUCUGGGAUACUCACUCAAGUUAGAUUGGGGGAAAAGACGAAUGAAUCAUAUGGUACACUGUUAUUACAAUCCCAGUCUCCAACUAUAAAGCACUACAUCAACUCACUAAUGACAUGA